AUGGCAGAAUUUUUCCGAGAACUUUUGGAGAAUGCAGAAAAAUCCUUAAAUGAUAUGUUUGUACGAACGUAUGGAAUGCUGUACAUGCAGAAUUCAGAAGUGUUCCAGGACCUCUUCACCGAACUGAAACGAUACUAUACAGGAGGCAAUGUAAAUUUGGAGGAGAUGCUGAAUGAUUUCUGGGCUCGACUAUUGGAGCGAAUGUUCCAGCUCAUAAAUCCCCAAUAUCAUUUCACUGAGGACUAUCUGGAGUGUGUAAGCAAAUACACAGACCAGCUGAAACCAUUUGGAGAUGUACCCAGGAAACUGAAGAUUCAAGUGACUAGAGCUUUCAUUGCUGCACGGACCUUUGUUCAGGGGCUGACUGUAGGCAGAGAAGUUGCAAACAGAGUAUCCAAGGUCAGUCCAACCCCAGGGUGCAUCCGUGCACUAAUGAAGAUGUUAUACUGUCCUUACUGCAGAGGACUUCCCACUGUGAAACCUUGCAACAACUACUGCCUCAACGUAAUGAAGGGCUGCCUAGCAAAUCAGGCCGAUUUGGACACUGAGUGGAAUCUGUUCAUAGAUGCCAUGCUCUUGGUAGCAGAGAGAUUAGAGGGACCAUUCAACAUUGAAUCAGUCAUGGAUCCUAUCGAUGUCAAGAUUUCUGAAGCCAUCAUGAACAUGCAAGAGAACAGUAUGCAGGUGUCAGCAAAGGUCUUUCAAGGAUGCGGUCAGCCUAAACCAGCACCUGCUUUAAGGUCUUCCCGCUCUGUUCCCGAGAACUUCAAUACCCGCUUUAGGCCAUACCAUCCUGAGGAGAGACCAACAACAGCUGCUGGCACAAGUUUAGAUAGACUGAGGACUAUCUGGAGGACAAUGCAACAUGGUGUAACAGACAUUAAAGAAAAACUGAAGCUUUCAAAAAAGUUCUGGUCAACUUUACCAUAUACUAUCUGCAAGGAUGAAAGAGUGACAGCUGGCAUGUCAAAUGAAGAGGACUGCUGGAAUGGCCAUACCAAAGCUAGAUACCUGCCUGAAAUUAUGAAUGAUGGGCUGACCAACCAGAUCAACAAUCCUGAAGUAGAUGUGGACAUCACAAGGCCUGACACCUUCAUACGGCAACAAAUCAUGGCCCUAAGAGUCAUGACUAACAAACUGAAGAAUGCAUACAAUGGAAAUGAUGUGAACUUCCAGGAUACAAGUGAUGAAACCAGUGGCUCAGGAAGCGGAAGUGGUUGCACUGAUGAUAUCUGUCCUACAGAGUUUGACUUCGUCACCACAGAAGCACCACCUGUUGACUCAGACAGAAGAGAAGUAGACUCUUCAGCAAUCCAGUCUAGCCAGUCACUGUUUACAUUAUUCAUCAUCUGCAUCGUCCUGGUACUGCAGAGACAGUGGAGAUAAUCCUGGUUCUGGUCAGAGAGACUGUGUUUUAGCUACAAAAAUAGCCAACUUGCUCCUUUUCUUACACUCUUGGACAAUGGACCAUGCCACAAAUACUUACAGUUUUCUAUGACAAGAGAGCAGUACUGCAGCCUGCUUCCCUUUUUGUUUUCCCAAAGAGUACCCGGUGCCAGACUGAACUGCUUCCUGUUUCUUUCAAGAUAGCUCUGAAGGCAAUGUCCACUCUUGAGAGAAUUCUUUCUCACAUCUUUAUUAUUGGAGACUUUCUGAGCUGCAUUAUGCUGCAGAAGUAAAAAGGAUCUUACGGUGUGAGGUUUUUCUUAACAAGAAAAAAAAGAGAAAGAAACAAAGAAAACAAAUUUCCUUCUAAAUCAAGCCAAACUUA